UACGUGUUUUACAUGAACCGUUGUGGACGAAAUCGUUAGUGUACUAAACAAACAAGCGUAACGGCGGCGACAGAGAGGUUUGAACUUAGAACCUAGUGGCCUCAAAACAUUCUUUCCAAAGUGCGUUUCUGCAAAUUCCAAAUUUCCUACAACUGUUCACAGAAAAGGGCGUUUGACAAAAAGCAGUUAAUCGGGGAGCGAGAUGGAGCUCGAACUGAAAGAGUUGCGGGCCGAUCUUCAAUCUCUCACCCAAUCGCUUCCCGAUCCAUCUCACCAUGCUUUGCUCCGCAAGAUUCAAUUGCGUGUCGAGGACCUUGCCAAUCUUGCAGCGGCUGCACCUGUUCGACGCUCUAAAGUUGAGGAUAUGAGUGCUGAGGUUGUAGAUAGCAAUCCUUAUAGUCGACUUAUGGCGCUUCAGAGAAUGGGUAUUGUGGAGAACUAUGAAAGAAUACGCGAUUUCUCCGUUGCCAUAGUUGGAAUAGGUGGUGUAGGAAGUGUUGCAGCUGAGAUGCUAACUAGAUGUGGUAUAGGUCGACUUUUAUUGUAUGAUUAUGACAAAGUGGAGCUUGCAAACAUGAAUAGGUUGUUCUUUCGUCCAGAUCAGGUUGGUAUGACCAAGACUGAUGCAGCUGUACAGACUCUUUCAGACAUAAACCCUGAUGUUGUACUUGAGAGCUAUACACUGAAUAUCACCACCGUCACAGGUUUUGAAACCUUUAUGUCAAGUUUGAAAAAUAAGUCCUUUCGUCCAGAUAAACAAGGGAGUGGUGUGGAUCUGGUUUUAAGUUGUGUGGAUAAUUAUGAAGCAAGAAUGGCUGUUAACCAGGCUUGUAAUGAGUUGAGCCAAACAUGGAUGGAGUCAGGUGUUUCUGAGGAUGCUGUUUCUGGCCAUAUUCAAUUACUUAUUCCUGGUGAAACUGCCUGUUUUGCAUGUGCACCUCCUCUGGUUGUUGCAUCUGGGGUAGAUGAACGUACACUCAAGCGUGAAGGGGUUUGUGCUGCGUCUUUACCCACCACUAUGGGGGUUGUUGCUGGCCUUCUAGUUCAAAACACACUAAAAUUAUUGUUAGGCUUUGGACAAGUCUCUCCGUAUUUGGGAUAUAAUUCUCUUAAGGAUUUUUUCCCAACAAUGCAAAUGAAGCCAAACCCUCAAUGUUCAAAUGUAGCUUGCUUGAAGAGACAGGAAGAGUACAUGCUUGCAAAACCAGCAAGAGAUGCUGCAGCCAAAGCAAAAAUGGAAGCUGAAGCACCAACUGAGGAAGGGCCACUUCACCAAGAUAAUGAAUGGAAUAUAAGUGUUGUUGAUGAUAUUGAACUGGACAUUCCGGAUACCAGAAGUUCAGAUGUUUUGCCGGAAGGUCUCACGCAUGAACUUCCUACUGCAGACGAGUUUCAUAAGGCAACUCUCGACGCUCCAGUAGUUGACAACGACGACCUUGAAGAUCUUCGUAGGCAACUUGAAGCCAUUAAUUCUGCAUAGUUCAUCAAAGUUUUUGCUUUUUUUUUUUUAAGAGAAAAACGCUCCUGAAUUUUAAUUGUUCAAGCCAGCUUAACUUAGCAUCUGUUUGUUCUAAAAUUCACAAAAACUAAUUUUAAAUUAUUGACCAUAAUUAAGAUCUA